UAUAUCGAUCAGUUUACCUAUCAAUUGAAAUCUCUCACUUUUGAGUAAAGUUUUUAUUUAUGGAAUUUAAUAAUGUAACUUUUCAGAAAUUGUUCUGAAGUUGGGAUUUCCCACAAAAUCAGUAUGACAUGACUCUCAUAUCAAAUAUGAUGUCUCUAUUCAUUAUGAAGAAAAAGAGGUUCAAGUUUAAUGUUAACUUCAGACUUGAAGAGUUGUCUUCAGUUCCAUUCAUAAGUGGAUUGCUCUUUGCUAAAAUUCGACUCUUGGAGGGAGGAAACUUCUCGGAGCAAAGCACAAGAGAAGAAAUCAAGAAUCACAGUGUAUCAUGGAGGACUUCAUACAAUUUCCAAUGCAAAGUAACAGCCAAUGCCAGCACUGGGUUUCUGGACCCCUGUGUGUGUCGAGUCUCUGUGCGUAUGGAUCAGAAGGGAGGGAAGGCGUACCAGAAGCUGGGCUUUGUGGACAUUAAUCUGUCCGAGUUUGCUGGAUCUGGACACCAGACCAGGAAAUUCCUGUUGGAAGGGUAUGACUCCAAGCAUCGGCAAGACAACUCAACCAUUGAACUCACCUUGGAGAUGACCUUGAUCUCUGGUGACCCAGUUUUUAAAGUCCCACGUCACACCACAAAGUGGUAUGAUGAUAUAGACCAGCCAGCUGUCCGUAUAGAGGAGUGUAGUGAGGGCAGCCUGGCCUCUAACAGUGCCAGUAGUGGGUGUGGAAGUCUACCUCGCAAGGACCGUCCAAAUAUCAUAACAGAUUCUGCUGAGGUUGAUUUAAACCCCCAGAAUCCCGACAGUGAGGGAUUGAAAAAUCAUCAGAGGAACGACAGCUACACCAGUCAGCACUCACGGGGGUCUACAGGGUACGCCUCGCUCGGUCACAGUCGCCAGUCUAGUGUAGGCAGCGAGAAGAACCCCUACGCUACUCACACUAGGAGCUCGAGUGCUGGCUCAGCUUUAAUCAAUGAUCUCACAAAAGGUGACAGGAGGAAGAAACUGGAAGAGUUAGAGAAGGGUAAACGGGUGGAUCAGACACGGGUCAAUGCAGGAGAGGUGGUGGACGACUUGUUCAAAGAGUUCAUGAGUUCAACCGAGCUCAGCACCAAAACCCAGCAGAGUACUGGUCUACAGCUGCAGUUUGAUAAAGAAGGAAAUGCCUUUGUACGGUGACCCAAUAUUUCAGUAACCAUGGCAGCAUUCCAUGGGAUGGUUCCUUGUUGAUCAUGGAGAACAAACCAGACUUCAAGUCACACACAAAGACGGCAAACAGUCCCAGAAAUGUAUUGUGAUAUAUUUAUUCAGAUUGCUGAGGACAUUUAUAUCAGCAACUCCUUAAAUGACAAGGACCUCAGUGUGAGAUGGAAGGAGGAAGAAGUGGAAAUUUGAUCAAGAAACCCAUUUCCAAGCCACAUAUAUGUUUUAUAGAGAAACUAGAUUCACAUUUUUAAAAUCAUAGAGUUUUUCGUCUAAUGUAUGUAUUGUAAGUACUCUGCAGAAAAUACAUGUAUAACUCUUUUAAUCAUUGACUGUUUUUAUUAAUCUCCAGACUAUUUAUUUAUUCAUAGGAAAAAAUGGUGCUUACAUUCACUUAAAGAGUUUCCAUCUAAUCUCACAGCUCCUAUAAUGAAAUGUAGAAUAAGUACAUGUACAGUGGAGCCUCAUUUAUCCAGACACUUUGGUUCCUAGUCAAUUUGUCCGGAUAUGUGAAGCAUCCGUAUACCUGAAUCACCAGUUAAACAGGACAAAAUAACAUUUAAAAAUUCUGUCCCGACGAAAAAUCUUCCGGAUACUGAAGCAUCCGGAUAUCUGGUGUCCGGAUAUCUGAAGGUCCACUGUAUUGUGUUAAGAAUAAUUUUACAUGAUUCUGUGUGUGAUUUACAUGUACUUUGUCAUUUGAAAGCUAAUAGAAAACUUAAGGGAUUUUUAAUUUUUCAUUUUACAAAAGCUAUAAUGAUGUUUGCAGUGUUGUAGCCUUGUAGGUUUGUUUUUCUCGAUACAAGAUGUAGUCUUGGUAGAGCUCACCACUAACGUUUUUCUUCAGGCUAUAAAUAGGCUAUUAAGUAAACAAUUAUUUAAUAGGUGCCUUAAAACUCUUCCUUAAAAAAUUCACAGGGACCAAAUCAUGGAUUACCAAAUUUUUAUUGAAUCAGUCAUAUGAUUUUUUUGAAAUUUUAACGAUUGCAUGUUUUAUGUAUAAUUUGGGAAAUGAUUGAUCACCUUGGAUAUAUUUUUGCUUGAGAGACAUGACUAGUUUGUCUGUUGAUAUCAGAGAAUCAUGAAAUUUUAUAUAUGUCAGCUCUGAUCUUUUUUAAAAAAUUAAUCCAACAUUUUGUGUCUUCAUUUUAUAUUGUGUUCACACAAGCUCAGUCUCAUUGAUGCCAAAGCUAAUACUUCAUACAAUAAUCUUGUUUUAUAUUCGUAUUAUAGAAGUUUUAUUUUUUUAAUCAUUAUGUGACAGAUUUUAACAGACAUUUGAGAUGUGCUAAAGUAUUAUUACAUAUAUUGUAAGCCGUGUUUCAUGUUCUGUACAAUAUACAAUGUAAUGUUGAACUAGACCCAUCCCUUAGAACAGGUCAAUGAAGAAAUGUGCACAAUGAAAUCCAGAUAAAUUCUCCGUCAGAUCUUAGGGUGCUUAAUAGCAGUUCAAACCUAGACCACCAUAUUGUACCGUAGUUAUGAUAAUUUAUUUUUAAGUCAGAGAAAGUAAACUGCUGAUCCAAAAUUGGCCUAAAUCCAUCCAUGCUUUGUCUUUUCUUCAAGAUGUAAGUGUAAAUUUCAUAUGCUGCUCAAAACUACUUGCACAUUUUAUUACCUUUCAAAUGCAUCAAUCACUUGAAAGUUACUGAUUGUUUAGUGAAUUCAUAAGAAUGGAGGCAGUUAGGCACAUAUGAGUGUUUAUCUUUACUGGAAGUCUAUUUUCUUUCAUCAUGAUCACACAGAAAUGUCAGUAUUUAUUAAUUUUCAAUUUUUUUUUCAGGUUUAAUAUUAAUUUAUAAACAAUGUUUAUAGUAGAUUUCCUGUUUAUCUUUAAACUUAAUUCCUGUAGAAUAUUUUUUUCAUUAUUUCAUAUGGAUAUUGAUAUCAGCGAAAGAUGUUAAACAACUACCUGUCAUGACUUACAAAUUUGAUUGUAUUCUGUGAAGAUAGUAUAAUUAGAGAUACUGCUGGCUGCACACUUCUGGCAAAACUAACUUGAUCCACCUAACUACAACUCGUAAUUUAUCAUGUCUUUGUGAAUAUAUUCUCUAGGUGUUGUACUACUUACAAUUUAAUAUAUGUAUUCACUCAACUUUCAUAUCAUAGCACCUUAACACAACUGUGACUUUUUGCCAUUGGGCACAGGAAUAGUUCUUACAAUAAUACAUCUACACUCAAAGUUAGAAUGAUCAGUUUGUUUCAAAAUGCAUGGGAGAGGCUAAAUUUCAGUUUUGCUGUAAAUAUAUGUAUUAUUUGAAAAUAUGACUUAUAAAUAAGUGUCUGAAGAGAUGGGUAUAAAAGUACUUUAUAUAUGGAAAUUGUUCCUUAACUCUGCUUUGUUCAGUAUAUAUAUUAUAAAAUCCAUUUUUAUUGUGUGAUAUUGACAUUUAAAUUGACAGUGUGGCAAAUACAUUUUCAAAAUACAUUUAAUUCAAGUGCCUUUUCGGAAUCGUUUUGGUAGCUACAGGUAAAAGUAAAUCAGUACAUGUAAUAGUGCAUUCUAGCUGUUGCCUAUUUUGUAUAUUUAUAAUUUGAUCUAUAUCAGAUCGUGACAUAUUUAAGUAAGAUUUUUAUAUAAAAUCAAUUUUUUUUUUUAACUGUAAUGAAGAAAAACUUGAUGUCUUCCUAACAAGGAAAAUAUUGAAAAUCAUUAAACAGAGUCUAGUCCCCAGUGUAUGCUUUUUGUUAUUUAAAAAGCAAAUCAAUUUGAUCAUUUUUUUACUGGUCAUUAUCUUUUUGUUUGUUUUCUAUUAGAUAAUGCAGAUUUGUUAAUUCUGCAAAAAGAACACAAAUGAAGUAACUAAUUAAGCUGUCAUUUUAAUUAUACAUAUCAGGAGCACAAUAAAUGGCAGACUGGUUGUCAAUUGUAUCACGUGACCUUGACCCUUGUGGCAAUAUGCCAGAGAGGUUACUUGUCAUGCAUAGUGCUAUUUCGUUUGUAGAUGUCUGAAAUAAAGAUUUUGAUCAAUAUCAAA